AUGGCCUGGCGAACGGCUGCGGCUCCGCUUCUGCUCGGGCAGCUCAGCCUCAUCCCGCUGCCCCUCUCCGGUGUGGGUGACCAGAAGAAAUCGCCCCUCAGGCUGGAGCAGCCCCAGAAGCAGCUGUGGGUGAAGGCAGGGCAGAUGCUCACCCUGAGCUGCACCAUCUCCGGAGAGGGUCCCCCUGGCCCUGUGGAGUGGCUGAAGGGCUGGGGCAGUGAGAACAAGACCAUUUAUGCUCAGACCAGCUCCAGCCCCCGUGUGACCAGGGUGGAGGGUGGAUCCAACGAGGACUUCAGCAUCCAGAUCAGGGAUGUUCAGCCCGAGGACGCUGGCACCUACUACUGUGUGAAGUUCAUGAGAAGGGGGCGCCCAGGUGCUGCUCUGCAGGUGUUCCAGCACGGGCAGGGCACAGUGGUGUCUGUGCAGGACACACCCCUGGUUCCUGGCAUGGUGGCUGCAGCUGCGGUGCUCUUCCUCCUCCUCGGCCUCUUGGUCGCCUUUUGCAUGUACCGCAGGAAGCGCCGAGGGCAGGCAGGCAGCCAGAGCCUGUCCAGAGCCUGCUGUGCAGAGACCCCCAGCCCCAGCAGCAGAGAAGUCCUGGAUGCAGAGACCUCACAUCUGCCCAGCCAGCAAAGCAGCAAGGAGGACACCACCAUCCACUACGCCGACCUCCAGCCCCUGCCCUCGGCCCCCUGGCGCGGCGGGAGCCCAGGCACCGCCCGCUCCGAGUACGCCAGCGUCAGGGUGGCUGCCAAGUGAC